GGUGACGGUAUGUGCGCGCCCGGGGCCCGGAUGGUGCCGCGUCUCUGUUUAUUUUGAAAGCUCCUCCUCCGGUGGCGGCGGUUGUUGCCAUGUUGCUGCUGCUGUAGUUGUAUUGGGCCGGACCCGACCCGACCCUCUCGGCGGCUGAGCUGCAGAAGCAUUGUCUCCUCUACAGGUGUGUGAGUGCAUCCAUUUCUAAACUCUGGGUCCUCGGUGUUUAAUACAUUUCUCGCAGCACUUUCUCUCUACAUAAGCCAUGCCCCCAAUAACUAAGGACUAAGAGCAGUUGUUCUCAUCACUGCUGUUGUGAAUUCAAAAGGAGCAGUGGGAAUGGCCGGACACUUCCGCAGCUAUGUGUGGGAUCCCAUUCUCAUUGUGUCUCAGAUCAUCCUGAUGCAGUGCAUCUACUACAGCUUCUUGGGCAUCUGGUUAGCCUUGGUGGACAGCCUGGUACAGAAUAGUCGCUCACUCGAUCAAAUCUUUAACUAUGAGGUGUUGGGAUUUUCCACGGGGCAGGGCAGACUCUCGAUGAUGGCCUUUGUCCUCAAUUCGCUCACAUGCGCACUUGGCUUAUGGUAUUUUAUCCGAAGAGGAAAGCAGUGUUUGGAUUUUACCGUGACCGUCCAUAUCUUCCACUUUAUGGGCUGUUGGAUCUACAAUUUGCACUUUCCCACAGCGCUAAGCUGGUGGCUGGUGAACAUUGUGUGCAUUGCCCUGAUGGCCGUGAUCGGGGAGUACCUGUGCAUGCGGACAGAGCUGAGAGCCAUUCCUGUGAACACUGGCCCCAAGUCCAACCUGUGAGCACAACAUCUCGCAUUGUCCAGUAUCGACAGCAACUGCUGCAGCAACCAGUGUUAAAAUGGAUUGUUACAACUUUUCAAUGUUCCAAGACUGCGUGCACAGAAUACAGAUAUUUAAUUUCUUUUGCCCACCAUAUAUGCCCUGUUGCAAAAAAAAAAAGUGAAAAUGCAAAGAUAUGAAAAGCUUUCUACACCUGUAACUCUUCUGUGUUUCAGUGGACGGAGUUGGUGGUUAGUCUCAGUUCACAAGCAAGGGACGUGUAUAGGUGUCUACACCAAUCUAGGUGCAAAUUCAAUGGGAUUUCACCUCCAGUCUUAUUUACUGCUUUUUGCAUCUCGAGUGAAGAGUGAUGAAACCUCGCAUACAAGACUGUUCCCAAAUUCUUCACUGAUUUUGUUUGUUUUCUAAUCUCAAUGCCCUUUUCCAUUUGAUGUUAAAAGUGUAUACAUACCGAGUGUGUGCAAACUAGAAACCUGUGUCAAAUAAUCCAUUUGUUAUUUGGAAAAGGAAUGCUGUGUCUCAUCAAAUGAAUCCUGUCCUGGAUCUAUUGUAACACUGGAUGUGUCUGGCAUUGCAUACAUAAGCAAAAAUUAAGCACCUCUCAUUUUGAUAUGGACAUGUAUCUCCGAAUUGGUGUAAAAUACUUUUAACUAAAUGGUAAAAGCACUUUGAAACUAAAGGCUGGUCCUGGAUAUGAGGACUGAAAGCUAUGUACAGUCCAGACUCUAGUGCCAUGUUUAACUGGCAUGGUAUACAGCUUGAUCUCUAUUUUGUUUAAAAGACAAUAAGGAAUAAAUCUAUUGCAGUGCUUAAA